GGCUCGGCCUCUUACCACAUCGCCCAGAGCCCGGGCGGACAGGCAUUUUCGGCGGGGAAGCUGCAAGCGACAGCAGCGGAUAUUUCCAAUCCGAGCGCAUAAAGCCAUUAGCCGCACGCCGUCGCGACGGGGUUAUUGUACUGAUUUAGUUUGCAUUGAAGUGAGAUUGAGGCUUCUCAGGUCUUGCUGACAUGGUAGAUUAUCACGCAGCGAAUAAUCAAAACCAGCAAUAUUCGUCUGGCGGAUCCCAGAUGUACAUGGAACAGGAGAAUGACUGGGACCGGGACCUGCUUCUCGACCCGGCCUGGGAGAAACAGCAGAGAAAGACUUUCACAGCAUGGUGCAACUCCCACCUGAGGAAAGCAGGCACACAGAUUGAGAACAUUGAGGAGGAUUUCCGGGAUGGCCUCAAACUCAUGCUGCUCCUUGAGGUCAUCUCAGGCGAGAGGUUACCUAAGCCAGAGAGAGGCAAGAUGAGGGUUCACAAGAUCAACAACGUCAACAAAGCGCUGGACUUCAUUGCCAGCAAGGGAGUGAAGUUGGUGUCCAUCGGCGCUGAGGAAAUUGUGGAUGGCAAUGUGAAGAUGACCUUGGGAAUGAUCUGGACCAUCAUUCUGCGCUUUGCUAUCCAGGACAUCUCUGUGGAGGAAACCUCUGCAAAGGAGGGUCUGCUGCUGUGGUGCCAGAGGAAGACUGCUCCCUACAAGAAUGUCAACGUGCAGAAUUUCCACAUCAGUUGGAAAGAUGGUUUGGCCUUCAACGCCCUCAUCCACAGACACCGGCCUGAACUCAUAGACUACGAGAAGCUGAGGAAGGAUGACCCUGUGACCAACUUGAACAAUGCUUUUGAGGUGGCAGAGAAAUACCUGGAUAUUCCUAAGAUGUUGGAUGCAGAAGACAUCGUCGGCACGCUGCGGCCCGACGAGAAGGCCAUCAUGACAUAUGUGUCCUGCUUCUAUCAUGCCUUCUCGGGGGCUCAGAAGGCUGAGACUGCCGCCAAUCGCAUCUGCAAGGUGCUGGCAGUGAACCAAGAGAAUGAACAUCUGAUGGAGGACUACGAGAAACUGGCCAGUGAUCUGCUUGAAUGGAUUCGCCGCACCAUCCCCUGGCUGGAAAACCGAGCCCCAGAGAAGACCAUGGCAGAGAUGCAGCAGAAAUUGGAGGACUUCCGUGACUAUCGGCGUGUGCACAAGCCACCAAAAGUGCAGGAGAAGUGCCAGCUGGAAAUUAACUUCAACACCCUGCAGACCAAACUGAGGCUCAGCAACCGACCUGCCUUCAUGCCCUCUGAGGGGCGUAUGGUCUCGGACAUCAAUUCUGCGUGGCACAAUUUAGAGGGUGCGGAGAAGGGAUACGAGGAGUGGCUGCUAAAUGAGAUCCGCCGCUUGGAGAGGCUUGACCACCUGGCUGAGAAGUUCCGUCAGAAAGCCACCAUCCAUGAGUCCUGGACUGCCGGAAAGGAAUCAAUGCUGACACAGAAGGACUAUGAGACAGCAUCCCUGUCAGAGGUGAAGGCACUGCUGAAGAAACAUGAAGCCUUUGAGAGUGACCUAGCUGCCCACCAGGACCGUGUUGAGCAGAUUGCUGCCAUUGCCCAGGAGCUCAAUGAACUGGACUACUAUGAUGCCCCGAGCGUGAAUGCUCGCUGUCAGAAGAUCUGUGAGCAGUGGGACCUUCUGGGUUCUCUCACCCAGAGCCGCAGAGAGUCGCUGGAGAGGACAGAGAAGCAGCUGGAGUCCAUUGAUGGGUUGUACCUUGAGUAUGCCAAGAGGGCGGCGCCCUUCAACAACUGGAUGGAGGGGGCUAUGGAGGACCUGCAGGAUAUGUUCAUUGUGCACAACAUUGAGGAAAUUCAGGGUCUGAUUACAGCUCAUGAGCAGUUCAAGUCAACCCUCCCAGAAGCUAACAAGGAGCGCGAGAGUAUCCAGGCCAUUCAGGCAGAGGUACAGAAGAUUGCCCGGUACAAUGGCAUCAAGCUGAGUGGCAACAACCCCUACACAUCCAUUACCCCCGAGAGCAUUGACAGCAAGUGGGACAAGGUCCAGCAGCUGGUGCCUCAGCGUGACAAGGCACUGCAGGAGGAGUUGGGCCGGCAACAGUCUAAUGACCACCUCCGCCGCCAGUUUGCCAACCAGGCCAACGUCAUUGGUCCCUGGAUUCAGAACAAGAUGGAGGAGAUUGGGCGGAUAUCCAUUGAGAUGAACGGCACUCUGGAGGACCAACUGACCCACUUGAGGCAGUAUGAGCAGAGCAUUAUUGAAUACAAACCCAAAAUUGAUCAGCUGGAGGGUGACUACCAGCUGAUCCAGGAAGCCCUCAUCUUUGACAACAAGUACACUGCUUACACCAUGGAGCACCUGCGUGUGGGCUGGGAGCAGCUGCUUACUACUAUUGCUCGUACCAUCAAUGAAAUUGAGAAUCAGAUUCUAACUCGGGAUGCCAAGGGCAUCAGCCAGGAACAGCUCCAUGAGUACCGGGCUUCCUUCAACCACUUUGAUAAGGAUCACAGUGGUGUUCUGGCAGCAGAGGAGUUCAAGGCCUGCUUGAUCAGCCUGGGGUACGACGUGGAGAAUGACAAACAGGGGGAUGCUGAAUUUGCACGUAUCAUGGGCAUCGUUGACCCCAACAACAGUGGAGCAGUGACGUUUCAGGCCUUCAUUGACUUUAUGUCUCGGGAGACUACUGACACAGACACAGCAGAUCAGGUCAUUGCAUCCUUCAAGAUCCUGGCAGGAGACAAGAACUACAUCACAGCGGAGGAGCUGCGGCGGGAACUGCCCCCCGACCAGGCAGAGUACUGCAUUGCCCGUAUGGCGCCCUACUCGGGACCCGACGCUGUACCCGGUGCCCUUGACUACAUGUCCUUCUCCACCGCCCUCUAUGGGGAAAGUGACCUCUAAGAGCACAGAGAGUGAUAGGGAUGCAAAAAGAGAGAGAGAGAGAGAGAGAGAGAGAGAGAGAGAGAGAGAGAGAGAGAGGGAGGGAGAGAAAGAGUGGAUGGGGUUAGGACCGGGGGUGGGUAUAAACAAGCUGGGGCAGACUGCUCAGAUUUGCAUUACACAGAACAGCCUCCACCCUAUCCAGAGUUCAUUGGUUGUGAUCACACUUCAUAUAAAGGAUGUGCAACACAGAGUAGAUCUUUGGGAAUGGGUGCAGACUGCUCUAUAGUGCACAACCAGUCCAUAACCCUCUGCCUCUGGGACAGGUGACAAGCUAUUCUGAUGCUUUUUCGUUUUCUUUCCCAAAAGCAGGUUUAGAUUGGGAUUGGGGUUGGGUAUUUAGAAAUACUCGUAGUAUAUAGAGCACAGAGAAUGCUACAUGGAGGGGAGGGGUUUUUGACAGAGAUGAAUAAUUCUUCUUAGCCCAUGUUGCUGGAUAUGUGGAACUUGGAUAUUAUAACCUCAUUUUAUUUUUCCAGCAAAUGUGAGUUAUGGAUUCAUUGCUGUACAUACUUAUUUUCCAGUAUACAACACAACUUAAAUAUAAUUGUAGGGCUUCAAUGAAAAAUGAUUGUGAAAUGCAGCUUCACAGGACCCAGUACUGUAGAUAAGUUUGAAUUUAACAUAUGAAGCACCAUUUGGACUUUGUAGCCAAUCGCAAAGUUUAAGCAUAAUAUUAAAUGUUAUGUGUAAAAAGCAGGGCCUGUUUUAAACUAACUUAAUGAAUCUUGAAAAUAGGGGGGCUACUAAUAUCGGUCUGUCUGACUCCAGCCUUGUCUCUCUCUCCUAUCCCUCUGUCUUCAUGUGUUUCUCUGUAGCAAAAGGGACCCAGCGCUGGGUGCAAAGAGAGGGGGAGGGGGACUCAUUUGUUACUAAACAUUCCAUUAUGUCUUAAUAUAAGGAAAUUACUGUUUUCAAUCUAUGCAAUCAAUUUUCAGUUCGUAAUCUUUACAUAUAUAAUCUAUAUCGCUGAGUUCAGAAGAAAAUGGAAGAAAUGAAAAUGUCAACAUUAAAAUAACUGAACACAAAGAAUGCCAGAACUUUCUACAAUAUUUUGUAAAGGGGCAGUUGGGGUUGGGGUGGGGUGGGGGGGGAUGGACCUUGGACAGAGGUGCCAGAAAUGAAAAGACCCUGGACCAAAAGCUUGUUUUCUUCAAGGUUUAAAGUAUUUUUUUUUUUUUUUUGUACUCAUCAGUAUAAAACCUUAUCUGCUGUACUGGAAACUGCUAAACAGCCUUCUGUCUCUGAGUUUCAGAUGCACACAUAAAUUUCCUUCUAAAAAAAAUAUUACUGCUUGAUUUUGUUUUUCCCCUCUUUGAGGUGUGUGUACUUGUGUAACUUGACUCAUGCAACUGGUCCUGGAAAACCAGAUUUGGGAGGUGAAUAUAGUUGGAUGCAUUAUACUAAUUUCUGGGAGUAUCACUUAGGCAAAAGUGUAGACCCUAUGGACAAAUUAUAGGCAAUUUUUUUUUUUUUUUUUUUUUUUUUUU